UAAAUUGUGUUUAGUAACGUUAUAUGUUGUGGGCCAAAAAAACGGAAAAAAAUUAGUAUAAAAGAUCUAGUAAACUGAAAAUGCAUUGGGACUUUUAGUCUAACCAGCGAACGAAGAACAUACAAGCUCUUGUGGAAGCCAAACUAGUCUAUUAGUCUCAGUCGUAUCGAAAUCAAAAGUCAAAAAUCUUGAAAUCAACGCGGCAUUCGCAAGUCGAACAUAUUGACUAUUUUCAAAAACAGCCGUCAAAUUCAGUUGCAAUAUUAUUGAAAAUAAACAUGGCACCUUUGGAGGUUGGAGAUCGAAUUGUCAUAAGAUAUUAUGACUACAUGCAAAAUUUAACAGUUACCAGAGCAAAUGACAAGAAUCGUGAACAGCCCGAAGAGUAUCGUGUUAAACUUCAAGGAAUAUGUGGGGAAUUUUUCGACACCUCCUCGAUGAAUAUCCUUACCAAUGUUAUAAAAAAGAAAGAAGUAUUUAACAUCGCAUGUAUUGACAAAAAUGAACUCGUAUUGACAUAUUCAACAUCUAAAAAAAGUCUCAACACUCAGAUUUGGAAUGCUGAAAAUUUGAAACCCAAAGACGUCGGCAAUAUAUAUGAAAAGAAUUUUACAUGGAAAAAUGCGUACAAACCUGGACUUAAGUCGAAUAAUUGUGCAACAUAUAACGCUAAACGUUAUCCAGUGAACAACGAAAAACGUUAUACGGCCCAAGACAGACUUAUGAAAUACCGGAAAACUGAAGAACCACAAAUUGUACAAGAGUUAAAUAAAUUCAAACAACCCGAAAAUAGACAACAAUACAAGACCAAUAAUACACGUUAUUCAGCUCAAAACACUUCUGUAUUAUCUAAUAAUUCCUUUAACACGAACAUAUCACAGUCAAAAAACAAUCUUUCAACUCAACCGUUUAAAAUAUUGUCGGGAAUUAUUAACACAUCAACUCAAGAAAACAACACUUUAAUAAAUAAUCCGAACAACUUUAAUAGAAAACCGCUUAAAAAAUUAACAGAAGUUAUUGAAACAUCAGAAGACCUGGAAAAAACUAAAGAAAAUAGAACUUUACGAUGUGAAAAUAAUAACAACAAAAAUUCUGCAACUAGAACUCGGCCUAAUGAUAUUAAAAAACAUUUAUGGGUUAAGAGGUACUUAUUGUUUUCUAAAUUCGACGAAGGAAUCAUGAUGGACAAUGGUAAUAAAAUUAUUAUUUCGACAAACUUUUUGACAAUGUUUUUUUCUUAA